AUGCCAACUGCGACACCUCCGAGCUCUCAACCAUCCCCCGCUGCCUCACGGGGGCUCCGAAACCUCCAGCACGACGAGCGUGUUGCCAUCUACGAAUCGGUACUUGAGAUCAGUUCUAACGCACGAGAGUCCCUUCGCCAUGGCAGUCUGACGGCCGACGUCACCUCAAAAAUUCGCGGUAAUUCCGGUCGAAAAAGAGUCCGCACGCACGACGAAAUCAAGAAGGCCGUCCAAGUGGUCGACAUGUAUGCUCAGCAAACAAUGCGGGCGCUUGCGGCUCACAGCGGCAUACCGAAAACCACGCUUGUCCAACACAUGAAAGAAGAAAACAACUACAAGCAAGGUCCAGCUACGUCCGACCCCACCUGA